GUUCAGGUAUAACCGAGUGGAAGUAGAAAUGGAUCUGUGUUUGCUUGUGUUGAUUGCAAUUGGAAGUCUUUUCUUUUGGCUCUAUCAUCUCAACAAGGACUAUUAUGUGCUUGCUUUCUUCUCGCCUCGAGUGAAAACUAAGGAUGGAAGUCCUUUGGAGAGCAUUGCCUCAGUGGCCAAGGCCAGGACAAUCUUUGGCAAUUCUUUUGACUUUUAUGACAUACCCGAAGCAAAAAUGUUUGAAAGUUUUCGCAAGCGUAACAGGGAAAUAGGAUCAAGUUAUAUUUCAUACAGAUUUGGCCUACCCAUUUUCAAUAUAAUUGAUGCGGAAAGUGCUGAGCUAGUAUUGAACGAUCAGAGACUGAUAACUAAAGGUACAGGCUAUGAGUUCCUGAAACCAGCACUGCAAACUGGACUGUUGACAUCUACAGGUAAAAAAUGGCAUAGUCGUCGCAAGCUGUUGACACCCACGUUUCAUUUCAAUAUUUUGAACCAAUUUGAGGACAUAUUCAAAGCUGAAAGUCUAAAGUUCGUAAACCAAUUUCAUGGAUCAUCUGAGAUUUCCAUAUCUGUUAGUGAACUGAUUCCCAGAUUCACACUCAACAGUGUUUGUGAGACUGCGAUGGGAGUUAAACUUGAUGAUAUGGCCGAGAAGGGGGAUCUUUAUCGUCAGAACUUUGCGUUGAUAGAAAAGUGGUUCAUAAAGACUUUGAGUAAUCCAUUAAAUAGGAGCAAAACAUUCUAUAAAUACUUUGGCUCCAAGAAGGAUGCAGCUGCCCUAAAAGUCAUUCAUGAUUUCUCCAACGAAAUCAUUGCCAAACGUCGCCUACUUCUUGAGGAGGAGCUACAACAACGAACAAAUAUUGAAAAUAAAGAUGAUGACUUUCACUUCAAAAAGAAGCAACGCUUUGCUAUGCUCGAUACUCUGAUCCUUGCUGAGAAAGAUGGUCUCAUUGAUCACCAAGGAAUUUGCGAGGAAGUAGACACUUUGAUGUUCGAGGGCUUCGAUACAACAUCAAUUGGUCUCACAUUUGCUUUGAUGAAUAUGUCUCUCCAUGCAGACAAACAGGAAUUUUGUUAUCAGGAAGUUAACGAGUAUAUUAAAGAUGACCUCAGCAAUCUGGACAUCAAUCAAAUAUCUAAGCUAAAGUACUUGGAUUGCUUUGUGAAAGAAACAAUGCGAAUGUUCCCAUCGGUACCUUCCAUGGGUCGACAGACAGUACGAGAAACAGAACUUACGAAUGGCCUCAUACUUCCUGCUCGCACCCAAGUUACUCUGCACGUUUAUGAUAUUCAUCGCAAUAGCAAACACUGGGAUUCGCCAGAUGAGUUUCAACCCGAAAGAUUCCUACCGGAAAACUCUAAAGAUCGUCACACUUAUGCCUUUAUUCCAUUCAGUGCUGGACAGAGGAAUUGCAUUGGUCAAAAGUUUGCAAUGCUGGAAAUGAAAACUCUGCUUAUUGUUGUUUUGAAACACUUCAAAAUUCUUCCUCUCUUUGAUCCCAAGGAUCUUGUUUUCAAUAGAGGAAUUACACUGCGAACAAGCAACAAUAUUAAAGUGAAGCUCGUGAGGCGUUCGAAUUAAUUGUAAGCUAUAUUUUGUUUGAAUAAUAUUUAAUAUCUAUUAGAUAUAACUCAAACAUGGUGUGAAAUAAAUAUAAAUAGUAAAUAACAAAAGUUAAA